AUGGCUUUCUUCUUUACGCUUGCCUCAUGCCAGUCUACGCGCCAAAGUGACUCACGCAGCGGAAAUCGCUAUCGCAACAGAGCAAGCAGUGACCUUCCUCAAGGCAGAACAUUAGGCUUAAUCAGGCCAUUGCUGGGCGGUAUACGUCCCAUCGCCAGCGCUAUUGGUUUUGAUCCCAUACGCCCUGGUGGUAGUUUAGGUGGAGGCGGCCUACAAUCAGACCCAAUCUAUGGUGGUGGUUAUCCUGGCUAUGGUGGAUAUGGCGGUUAUGCUGGUUAUCCCUAUUAUGGCGGCUAUGCUGGCUUAUUUUCCGGCUACAGACCAUAUGCUUACCGUCCCCGGCCAUAUUAUCCCAUAUACGGUGGAUAUAAUCCAUAUGGCGGUUAUAAUCCUUAUGGCGGCUAUCAGCGUCCAAGCUCAUAUGGCUCAUAUGGCGGUGGUGGUAGUGGGUUGAGUAAUGUAAAUUCAUCUCCAGCCUCUUCCAGCACUGGUACAACUGGUGGAUUAGGCGCAUUACUAGGUGGUGGUGGCGGUGGUGCAAAUGGCGCUUCAACAGCGUCGCAGGCGCAACUCGCCAAUCAGCUGGGACAGGCUUUGGGUGCUAGUUUACGCCCUUUGCUGGCAGGUGGCGGUGGAGGUGCUGGCGGUGCUGGUGGUUUAGCAAGUUUGUUGAGUCAGUUAGGCUAA